AUGUUUUACUUUUAGAAAGUCGACCCGGAACUCAUAUUUACCAAGCAAGAACGUAUUGGUAAAGGUUCAUUUGGUGAAGUUUUUAAAGGGAUAGACAAUCGAACACAACAAAUUGUGGCMAUUAAAAUAAUUGAUCUGGAAGAGGCUGAAGACGAAAUUGAAGACAUCCAACAAGAAAUUAUGGUUUUAUCUCAAUGUGACAGUCCAUUUGUCACCAAAUAUUUUGGUUCCUAUUUAAAGGGCACUAAGUUAUGGAUUAUCAUGGAAUAUCUUGGUGGUGGUUCAGCUCUUGAUUUAAUGAAAGCUGGUAAUUUUGAAGAAAUGCAUAUUGCCAUUAUACUUAGAGAAGUUUUAAAGGGUCUUGAUUAUUUACAUUGUGAACGAAAAUUACACAGAGAUAUUAAAGCGGCAAAUGUUCUAUUAAGUGAAAUUGGUGAUGUAAAAUUAGCUGAUUUUGGUGUUGCCGGUCAAUUGACAAAUACAACUAGUAAGCGGAAUACAUUUGUUGGUACACCAUUUUGGAUGGCGCCUGAAGUUAUUAAACAAUCUGCUUAUGAUUCCAAGGCGGACAUUUGGUCAUUAGGAAUAACAGCUAUAGAACUGGCCAAAGGUGAACCGCCCAAUUCCGAACUACAUCCAAUGAGGGUAUUAUUUUUGAUUCCAAAAAAUAAUCCUCCUCAAUUGACAGGAAACUAUACUAAACAAUUUAAAGAAUUUGURGAGGCAUGUUUAAAUAAAGAUCCUGAAAAUAGACCAACUGCAAAAGAACUUUUAAAAUUUCCAUUCAUCAGAAAAGCUAAAAAAAGUUCAUACUUGGUGGAUCUUAUUGAUCGUUACAAAAAAUGGAAAUCUCAACGUAACGAAGAGAGCGAGACAGAGUCAGAAAGUUCUGAUGUUGAAGAUUCUGGUAAAAAUGACAGUGAUUUAGAUGAACCAUGGAUCAUGACUGUAAGAGGACCCAAUUCUUUAAAGCCUUUAUUAAAUUCCACUCCUGAAUCAAGUUCUGCUUCACCAUCUCAACUGCUGUCCAAGAAAACUCAACAAAAUGGAUCAUUACAAUCAUCUAAAAAGCCAUCCAAUCACAAAUCUAAUGUUGUUGAAUCAAAUUUGGUUGUCACUCAUAUUCAUGGGUCCAAAAAUUCAGAUAAACGUAAUUCAAAUUCACAAGAAAUUGAAAUGAAACGCAACGUUACUCGCACAUCAGAACAUAUGGAUAAUAAAAAACAGCCUGUUCACCCCAAGUCUAGCCAGAACCAGAACAACUCUUGCUGGUCACCAUGUCUUUCCCUUUUAAUAUUUCCUUUGAUAUCUGAGUUACAAAAGAGAUAUCGGUACAAGAACAAUGUGUCCUAUAAGAUUGAUGCUAUUGAAGAGUUGAAAAAUUCUUUUGAGUUGGCUGAACGUGCAAGCCCGGGCAUAAGUGAUCAGUUUCUCAGAGAAAUGAUACACAAAUUAUUACCAUCAUUAUCUGAACAGAGGAUAUCUAACAUGCUAGAUCAUAUGAUUAGGGAUAAACAUUGAUCACAGUUAAACAUAUUUUCUUUUCACGUUAUUAUUUCGUUAUAGUAUUAUCAUUAACGUCCUAGCCAAUUAAUUUGAUCAGACAAUAAAAAAAUAAUUCAUCUUUCAAGUUAGUUAUUUUCAUGAUGAUUAUUAUUAAUUUUGUUUAAUUUUUUUUUUCAUUUAUGUGUUAUAUUGUGAGUUUUUAAAUACUAUUUAUUAUUAUUAUUUUUUUUUUUGUUUAUAAUUUGAACUGUUGUAUGAUUGAUGUGUCAUAAAUUUGUUGAAUUCAGAUCCUAAAAUGUUUUGUAGGGUAUUAGUGUUAAAUUUUGUGAUGGAAACUCAAAUAAAUAGUAUUGAUUAUGAACCCUCAAGAAUACGCGUUUAACACACUAUCAUUAUUAUUAUUAUUAAUAUUAUAUAUAUAUUUUUUUUUACUAGGUAU